UAUAGUGAAUGCAGUUUCCAGGGAGACCAGAUAUAGUGAAUGCAGGAUCCAGGGAGACCAGAUAUAGUGAAUGCAGGGUCCAGGGAGACCAGAUAUAGUGAAUGCAGGGUCCGGGGAGACCAGAUAUAAUGAAUGCAGGGUCCGGGGAGACCAGAUAUAGUGAAUGCGGGGUCCGGAGAGACCAGAUAUAGUGAAUGCAGGGUCCGGGGAGACCAGAUAUAGUGAAUGCAGGGGUCUGGGGAGGCCAGAUAUAGUGAAUGCAGGGUCCGGGGAGGCCAGAUAUAGUGAAUGCAGGGUCCGG